UCGUUAUUAGGAAAGACUGAGGAUCUUAUCCAUUCCCUGAACGCACUUCAGUUCCUCAAUGGUCCUUCGUUUGUGUUCGCCAAUCAAAGUUUUGGCUGGCAGGAGUUUUGUGUAUUGUAUGCUGAACCUGAGAACAUUUCUACCAUACGGUCUGGCUGGGAUACACUGGGACUCCGAAGUUACCUGUUUGAGAGCCCAGAGGAUCCGAAGAAGCAGCGGUCACCUCCGAAAGGCAUGCGUAGUGCUGUUCCCUUAGGAGGUCUUGGUAAGACACUGAUACCGUCACUAGAGGCAGGCAGCGUUACCUUUGUCUAGCCGAUGGGCAGCAUCGACGUUGUUGCCCAUCUGCUGGACAAGGGUAACGCAGACGCUGCUAACGAGAUUUUGUGAGACACACAAUAGGGCACUUCCGAGUUCCAAAAACCCUCACUUUCAAAAUGAGGCCAAGUGCAGAACCUUUCUUGUGAAAAUGAGUUUUAUUUGAAUGAGAAUGAAAAAUGAUUUCCAUAUCAAAGGCCAAGCACUUAAUCUCGUUUUGAUACAGAGGCCUGGGGGAACUCGGAAAUGGCCUAUUGGUAAGUUAUGAGCACGUUACAGACGGGUAAGAGGUAAAACUUACCUUUGAGUUUUCAGAACAAAGCGAGGGUCUUAUCAUGAAUCAGCUAACAUAGCUAAAAAAGUCUGACUGAGAAAGUAAACUCUUUUUAGUCGCUGAAUCAAGAAGCAUCCUCAGAAGAUCUUUUAGUUCCAUUUCCAUUGCAUUCUUUCACAUUUAAACAGCCCAGACAAUUUUCCAUGCAAAUAUUGCAAGUAAAUCAUAGAUCUGGAAAGCUGCCGUCCUUGUCACUUGGUUGGUGGAACAAACAAUUAAACAAAAACAAAACCUAUGGUACAUACAGUACAAAUUUAAAGAUCUACCGUUACCUUUGUAAAUUAGUCCUAGUCAAUCUUAUUGGACGGCCAUACCGGUGCCUGAAACUAUACCGUACCUUUAUCUUGUUGCAUCGGUUGUUAUUUAUGCAUACAACAAGACUUAUGCACAUCCAUGGCCUUUUCUUGCAUCCUUAAAACAUCUCUAAUCAGAUGUCCUGCUUUUACUCCGACAAGGUUUACAUAUUUUUUAUGUCGCAUGCCUCGCUAUAGAUCUUUCAAAACAGCGUGGGGGGCUUAAGUGGUUAGCUGCCCAGAGUUGUGCUGUUAGUCUUAUGUGCCUUAUGUGGCCUCAAACUUUCCUCAGACGUUUAUCCUCAACAUAACAUUUUCGCUCCCUCGACUACGUCUAAUAAGUAGGAGAAAGGAGCGUUGCUUAGUUAUGACUUGCUGUACUAUGUUAUAUCUUUUAGGUACGGGAUCAUUUGAGCUUCGUGGAGAUGGCUCUAUCCACGAGUGGACCAUUGAAAACCAGACUCCGGCAGGCUCGGCCAAGCUUAACUUCGCAGCACUUGAAUUAGCUGUGUUCAGUGUCAGGGUAAAGACUGGGACGUCAAGUUCAGCAGCAUUGCUGCGCACCCACCCCCCGAUGGGUUACCCCGGUAAUUUAAGAAGCUUUCAAGACUUUAGUGCCAGAAGCAAUUCUUAAGGCUGCGCAUUCUAUUUCUUACAAUGUUUCCUUUUCUAAACAUUCAUAUAUUUGAGUCAUUAGUGUCGUACGUAAUAAUUCAAAAGCCGCACCGCCCGUAAGUAACCGCCAGCUUCUAAUGAGAGUCGCAUUUGUAGCAAAAAUAUCACAAAGCGCCGGAUCCUGUCGAUGCAGCAGUUGUGGUUUUUAAUACGGAUAAUGCUGAAAAGUUAAUACCACUGAUAUUGACCUUUUUUUAUUGCGUCCUUUCUAUAUUGUAUCGUUUUUUUUUUCAAAAAAAAUCAAAGUAAUAAAAAAGGGAAAAUGACUCGGCACAGCUUCCCACCCAGAUGUUCUUAGGGUAUUGUCACGUGUUCCUUCCCCUCAAACUUUUGGAAGGAUUGCGUGACGAGCCAAAUUUGCAAAUAGAUAGUUCUAAAUAAGCGCCGCCCUCGAGUAGGCCCCCUACCGAAGAGUGAAAAAUUCGACAAGCGCACGGGUACUCUUUCGUGUAUACUUGUAGGGUUUUCAGUAGUUUCCUUUUUCCCUACCAGGUGUUGAUUCAAUAGGAUAUUCUGGCUCCUACCCAGUUUCCAAGUUGACUAUUAAAGACCAACGGUUUGGAGACGUCUUAUUGGACCUUUUCGCCUUCUCAGCCAUGAAACCACGUGAUUACAAAACAUCUGCUACUCCGGCCAUUGCUUUUACGUUACGCAUCCAUAACCCAACCAGGAAGUCUGUUCAAGUAUCAUUUAUGUUAAAUCUGCCUCUAGGUAUACAGCCAGACACAGUAAGACUUGGGAGCCCUGACAAAACCAUCAAAAGUACGAAUGUUAUACAGUGUUCGAGGGCUUGUAUUGAUAACAAACAAUGUAUGUCGUGGCAAAUGGCCAAAGAAAACAAGACAUGUCAGUUGUUCUAUCAGGUCCCUCCUCAUGCUUGGCAUACAGGUUUUAUUUCCGGUCAGAAAAGCACGUGGACAGCUCAUGAUUCAAUGCUAACGCUCAACAAGCCUGGGAACUAUCCUCAAAGCGGCAACACAACUAUUGCUACAGGCGGAAAGCGAGUUAGCCCUUCGUUUAUGGUCAGUGACAGUUUUGAACAAAUUUGGAAGCAAUUUGAGGAACAUGGCUAUCUUGUGUCAACAUCUAAAACAUUUGAGAGCGGUUUUCAUGGCGCUACGGCUGUAAACGUUACCGUGAAGCCUGGGAAAGAGAGAACGCUUACUUUGGUUUUGGGGUGGUUCUAUCCCAACAGAGAUUUCACGGGUAUGCUUUACAUUAACAAUUAUAGUUCCGCAGUAUGUUUAAAACGCACCAUCCGAAAGAAAUUGUAAAUUUAUACAGCGUAGAUCCUGACGAAACCAUUUCAACAGCAAAAUAUGAAAAUAGCUCUUGGAGCGAAGAGGGUCAAUUGACAUUUGUAGUGAAGCCGUUUCUCUGCCUAGAUCAGAAAAAAAAUCCCGGAAUACGUGUUUUAUUUAAAAUAAGGGGUUGUCCAUCCUUUUCUUCAGGAAGUGGGCGACGAUUAGAAAUGAAGGCGUAGCAGAUAUUCCUGAAGCAAAGUCUGCUGGAAGUUUCCGGGGAUUUUUUUUAAUACUCUCUAAGGCUAAAACCAUCCCAAUGACUGACUCGAAACAGUCUAUAAUGGCGUUUAAUAAGACUCAGUUUUCCAAUACAAAGAGCAAAAAUAAACCCUCCGCAUAAUCAAAAAAAGCAACCUUACGUUUUUUUUUAAUGUUCUAUUCUACACAGCGGAGAUUGUUGGUAAUUACUAUAGUAACCUAUACGAGCACAGUGAGGAGCCAGCCUCCUUCCUAUUACGUAACCUGUCCCCUACUCUGCAAGCUAUUUCCGCGUGGCACGCUUCUAUGAUAAUCGACAGCAACAGCAAGUCUGUCCAGACCCUCCCAGUUUGGUUACAAGAUGUCUUGGUAAACGGGUUAAGUUUCUGGCGAAGUGGCCUCUACCUCCGUGACGAAAGAUGGCGGCAGUUUGAAUCUUUAGACUGUAUUGAUAUUGAUUCAGUUCAUAACGAUUUUCAGCGAGAGAUUCCUUAUGUUUUGUUCUACCCUGACUUGGUUGAGAAUGUAAUGCGUGCUUGGGCAAAGUACCAGAGUGAUGACGGCCACAUUGUGGAAACUCUAGCUGCUGGAUGUUAUUCCCCUACUAGAAAAAUAGACAGGUGCGUUUAUGUAGCCUGAGAAAACAGUCGAUAUUUCGCAACGCAACCGGUGUUAGCACAGAAAUUCCGUACUGAUGACGUGUCAUUACCCAGAUCUGGAUAGUGCUUCUGACUGGUUAGAAAUUUGCUUUAUCCAAUCAGAAGGCGAAGCACUACCCAGACCUGGUUAAUGACACGUAAUCAGCAUGGAAUUUCUCCGCUCGUUUCUCAGAUCGACGUCAUUUCGAGGAGAAACAAGUGGUGACGUCGCGAAAUGUCGGCUGUUUUCUCAGGUUAGUUUAUGUUUUUCUGUUAGUAUCACAUUCCCUUUUCCUUCUAAACAGGACAAUUUCACAAACCCAUAAUUGGACUCCAGCUUACUAUAUUUAAGUGAUUUUUGUCAUGAUUUGCAAAAGAAAUUAAAAGACUGAAUGAUUCUGUUAGUUCGAGUCCACUGGAAUGCUUGGCUAGAUGGAGACAAAACCUUUGAUAUUGUAGAGCAGCCUCAUAAUCCAACAUCGAAUAACAGUAGAGUCAGAAGGAUGUAAAGUUGUACCAUACCUUGUUUAUGGCCGCAACAAAUCACUUUGCAAAUUCAUUAUGGUAGCUUAUGGGAAAGUUAAAAUGGACAAUAGGCUAUUUCAACAUCUUUUUUAAAACCUUUUUCAUCUGUCAGAAAAAAAAAUGUUUCGAACAAUAUUUACUUGGCACUUUUCUCGUCUACAGUGGUCCUCCAAAUCAGCGAAUUAUGGGCGAUGUCACUACGGUUUUCAUAACAGAAACCUACCAUAUUUAUCUGUGGACCAAUAACAGCGUUUUCUUAAAAGACAUGUGGCCGCACGUGAUUAAGGCGAUUGCUUGGAUGAUUGACGGAGGCACAAAAGGGACUGGUUUACCUUACAGACUACAGUGUACAUAUGAUCAGCUCUUUCUCAAUUUAUACGAUCACAACACCUUUAACAGUUUCUUGUAUGUCCUGGCCCUACGAGCGGCAAAGGAGCUGUGCAAGAUAAUGGACGAGUUGGAUUUGUUGAAGGAAGUUUCAGCAGCACUGGAGGUUGCAAAUUAUCGAAUAUCGGAAGAAUUAUGGAGCGAAGAAGAUGGUUAUUAUCACGCUUGGUGGGAUAAGGAGAAAGGUUCACCGUCCUGGCUGAUGAGUGAUUCACUGUACGCUCAAGUCUGGGCCUACACUCUGGGACUAGGACACUUGGACGAUCCAAAAAGGUUA